AUGUCCCGGCGACAGGUGUCCGCGGAGAGACGGGAAAAGGGCCCUGAUGAACCUCCCGCAUAUCGACAACGUGUGGACGAAGAGGUCCCAGGGCCGGAAAAGAUCAGUACCGACCACACCCACCGCAAUCUCAAGCCUCGACAUAUUCAAUUGAUAGGAAUCGGGGGGACUAUCGGCACUGCUCUUUUUGUUCAAAUCGGCAAGGGUUUGCUUAGCGGUGGACCUGCAAGUUUAUUUAUUGCGUUUUCUUGGUGGUAUGUUUUUCCCAGCAAGCUGCAUACCCCUACACCCCUACAUACACCUUUGGACGACGUUAUUUCUACUGUUGGUUGGCACGACACAUUCCCUGCCUUUUGCGAGAGACUCCUAGCCAUUUUCGAGGAUGAAAACAGAGCCCGCCAUGACAUCACUCAAUUUCCUUAUUUUGCGUCUGAUUUCAUCUUCUGCGCAUUGUUGCUAUUCCUCCUUUCCCUUUUCUUUUCUCUUUUUCUUUCUUUCUUUUUAUGGGAACGUUUGACUCUUAUACGGAUAAAUAGGUGCACUUUCAUCUUGGCCAUUACUAUGUGUAAGAAACCUCGGAAACUACUAUCAGCCAUGCCGGUCGACAGUGUCACAUACCUGCCGUCUUUUGCCAACAAGCACCAAUGCCCCCAUACAGCAUGCAUGGCGGAAAUGGUAACGUAUUUACCUAUAUCUUCGCCCUUUGUGAGAUUUGCAGGCCGUUUUGUUGAUGAGGCUUUCGGAGUUGCCGUUGGAUGGAACUUCUUCAUCUUCGAGGCCGCCCUGGUUCCGUUCGAGAUCGUGGCUUGCAAUUUCAUCAUUCAUUACUGGAGCGAUGCUGUGCCGGCCGCAGCCAUCAUAACCAUUGUCAUAGUUCUUUACGCAGCGUUCAACGUCUUUGCCGUCCAAUGGUAUGGAGAGUCAGAAUUCUGGCUAUCACUAGGAAAGGUCAUACUCAUCGUCGGUGUGCUAUGCUAUACAUUUGUCACCAUGAUUGGCGGAAACCCCUUAGGGGACCGAUAUGGGUUUCGAUACUGGAGGGAUCCUGGAGCAUUCACUACUACUUACAAGACGGGCAGCCUUGGUCUAUGGCUAGGAUUUCUCCAGUGCUUGAUCCUCGCUAGUUUUACAAUCGCAGGACCUGACUAUGUUUCCAUGGCAGCCGGGGAGGCGGAAAACCCGAGGGUGUCGAUGCCAAAGGCUUACAAGGCUGUGUUCUACAGACUGACUGCAUUCUUCAUGCUUGGGAGCCUGGCGAUUGGUGUGAAUGUGCCUUACAACGACAAGACGAUGCAAGAUGCAUUUCUCAAGGAUCUACCAGGUGCCACUGCAUCGCCAUAUGUCAUCUCCAUGCGCAGACUGCAGAUCCGUGUACUCCCAGACAUUGUCAACGCCAUGGUUCUAUCUGCAGCUUUCAGUGCUGGAAACAGCUACGUCUACUGUGCUAGCCGGUGUCUCUAUGGCCUGGCUCUCGAAGGCAAGGCACCUCGCAUCUUCACCCGCUGCGCGAAGAACGGGGUGCCUAUCUACUGUGUGGGCGUUGUAUUGCUCAUUGCACUGCUGAGCUUCCUGCAAGUGUCAAACAGCGCCUCUGUCGUACUGCAGUGGUUCGUCAACCUCGUCACGGCAUCGCAGUUGCUCAACUUCUCUGCCAUAACAUUCACGUAUAUGCGGUUCUACAAGGCACUGAAGGCACAGGGUAUCUCGAGAGAUUCACUGCCGUUCAAGAGUCGAUUUCAGCCUUAUCUUUCAUAUUAUGCCUUUAUUGGGCCUUUUGUCAUGGUCUUUGUUGGGGGAUACCCGGUGUUCUUGCCGGGGAAUUGGAGCCUGCCAACUUUUCUCUUCUCCUAUACAAUGAUUGCGGUAUGCCCCUUGAUAUUCUUGGGAUGGAAGUGGUUCAAGCGCACCAAGUUUUUGAAGCCUGAGGAGGUGGACUUGAUUGAUGGUGUGGAGGAAAUCGAGGUGUAUACCCGGAACUAUGUAGCCACGCCUCCAGGGAACCUGUUUGAGAAGAUUUUGAACUUCAUAUUUUAA